AUGCUAUACCAGGAGCAUCGCCAAAACCCCCAGUUUGGCUCGAUGCUGUUGUCACUGACUGCCUUCUCUCUCACUCAGCCCGUUGGGAUAUACGAGCGAACGACUCUACAGUCCCGAGCGACUCAGGCUAGACUGAUGAUACAUGAAGCUAUUACAAUGCGGUCCCUUUCUAACACCUGGGUAAACCCGACAAUCGAAGCUGUCUUAACCAGCUUCUUCCUCUUUUGCAGCCUUUUCGGCAUCAAUGAACAUGAAUCUGCCUGGUCCUAUCUGAAGGAUGCGUUGGACCUCGCUGCCACAUUGGGCAUAAACGACCCUAGCCCACAUCACGAUCUAUCAAGAGAUGAUGAGAAGGGCCAGCGUCUACGAAUCUACUUGGUUUUAUUUAUUACUGAAAGGUACGACCCAUGGAGUGCCGUUGAAGCAUAUACUUUGCAAUAUAGGCAUUUGAUAACGGGUCCUCCCGCGUUCAUCAUGCGCCCUAUGCAUAGCCUUAUUGGUAAUACAAACCAUGUCCCUGUAUCCAGGAUCACCAUUUGCAGAAAGAAGGAUGCCAAUGAAAUACUGGGCCUGGUCCUUCUGAUGCAACUAUUUUUGAACGUUGAUGAAGAUUUUGUUACAUGUUGGGAUCGGCAAUGCGGCAUUGAUUCCGGCUAUUGUGGCACGCUUACAGAAGAAAAGGCCUUGAUUAUCCUCAAGAAUCUCAACAAUGUCAGUAUGUCUGAAUGGUGCAAAGCCUAUAUCUGGUCUGAAUAUAUGACGUACACGGGGGACAGCCGUAUAAACUGGCCUGCAAGCGAGCUGCGAGAAACUCAAUAUGCCGAUAUCUUUAUCACAAAGAAGUGGCUCCAAAAUCGGGUAUGGAUUCUAUGCUUAAACCACGGACUGGUGAAACCAAUGUCAGAUCACCAUGAACUUUCUUCCAACUACUGUAUGUCAGUUGCGAAGGAUGCCCUCAGAUUAUGCCGGUCACUGCGCCCCGACUCUAUUGAAGUACACGGCAUAGGCAUGGUUGAGAAGUUGUAUGAUAUCGCUAUCAGCGCAAUCAGUAUGCUAUCCAAUGCCCAGUGUUCUUUCCAGCAUAAACCUCCAUUAGUGUCCCCUGUGGAGGCGGUCUCAAACCCAGGAGUUUCGCAACCUGAAGGCUUCAAGGGAUCGUCGGAGACAGGUGCUGCCAUUGACAGUCCAGCAAUGGCGAAGGACUUUCUCCUCCUCCUAAGCAGCCUCCACGGGGGAGAUCAUCCGUUCUUAGAGAGGUAUAAGGCCUUCUUGGGUGCGUCGCAAGGAGCAGCAUAUGGCACUACUGGUCAUCACCUCUUUCAUCCAUUGUAG